UACCAAUCAAAGAUUUUAGAGGAACUAAAUGAAAGUUUCAGUUUGGACAGGAUUGUCAGUAUGGCUCCUAAUCAUGUUGUCUUGGUUUGUGAUUGCAGAUAUAGCUGCAGUUCAUCCGACAGUGAAGAACAAUACAUUGUCUGUGAAUAUUGGGAUGAUUUAUGAGGAAGAUAAUAAAAUCGAGAAGAUGGUUUUGAACUGCAUAAAGUUGGCUCUUUCUGACUUUUAUAAUUCUAAUGGACACUACAAAACCAGGAUAGUCCUUAAAACCAGGGUAUACUCAAAGAAUAAUACUCUCAAUGCUGCUGCAGCUGCUUUGUAUCUUCUUAAACAUUAUGAAGUAAAGGCAAUAUUGAUGGGGCCAACAUCAUCUAUCGAUGCUGCGUUUAUAAUAAAUCUUGGGGAAAAAGCUCGAGUUCCCAUAAUUUCUUAUUCAGCAACGAAUCCAUUACUUUCUUCGAUCCAAGGCUCAUACUACAUCCGUGCAACUCCGGAUGUUUUGCCUCAAGCAAAAGCCAUAGCUGCUCUUGUGCAAGCAUUUCGAUGGCGAGAAAUUGUUCCUCUUUAUGUUGACAAUGAUUAUGGAGCUGGCUUUAUAUCUUAUCUAGCUGAUUCUUUAGCUGAAGUUUAUGCUCGUAUACCAUACCAUGGACCUAUACCCGUGUUUGCGACUGAUGAUCAAAUUCGACAUCAGUUGAAUAAAUUGAAGAAUACGUCCACAACGGUAUUUAUGGUGCAUAUGACUUCUGAUUUGGCUUCUCGUCUAUUCUUGAUUGUGAAAGACUUGCAAAUGUUGGAAGAGGGCUACGUUUGGAUAGCAACAUCCGGUGCGACUGACGAGUUAGGUUUGCUUGAUCAUAGUGUGAUUGAGUCUAUGCAAGGUGUAAUAAGCUUACAGACUUAUGUCACACAAACAGAAAAUCAAAAGAAAUUUGACAAUCGAAUCGAUCCAGGAUUCAGGGAUUUGAAGCUUAGUAUAACAGGACUAUGGGCUUAUGAUGCAGCUUGUGCACUUGCCAGGGCAGUAGAAGCAGUUGGAGGGUCAAAUUUUGGUUUCCGAAAAGAGAAAUUGUCUGGAAAUUUUACUGAUCUAGACACUUUAGGAAUCUCCUACAUGGGGCCAAAACUUCUAAAAACACUGCUUAAUACUAGCUUUAUUGGCCUGGCAGGAAAAUUUAGUGUUCUUAACAGGCAAUUAGAUUCAUCAACUUACAAAAUUAUAAAUGUGAUUGGUAGUGGUAGUAGAGAUAUAGGAUUUUGGACUCCAAAUAAAGGGAUUACGAAAACUUUAAAUUCUUCGAAUUCUGUUCUUAAAGCGAUCAUCUGGCCAGGGGACACGACAAUAACUCCAAAAGGAUGGGCAAUACUUCCAGCAUCUGGGAACCAGUUGAAAGUCGGCAUACCUGUCAAGGCUUUUUAUGAAGAAUUGCUUAAAGUGACAGUUGAUAAAAGCACUGGAAGCCUUAAUAUCAAAGCUUCUGGCUUUUGUAUUGAUGUAUUUGAGGCUGUUAUGGAAAAACUCCAAUACUUAGGACCAUAUAAUUAUUUUCCAUAUCCAGAUUAUGUUGUUCCCACGGAUUCUUAUGAUAAUUUGAUCUACCAGGUGUUUCUUCAGAAAUUUGACAUCGUCGUAGGAGACAUUACUAUAACUGCUAACAGGUCUUUAUACGUGGAUUUUACACUACCCUACACUGAAUCUGGGGUGACAAUGGUAGUUCCCGCAAGAAACGAGAGGCGAAAUGCAUGGGUGUUUUUGAUGCCCUUAAAAACGGAUCUCUGGGUCGCUAGUUUAUGUGCGUUCAUUUUUAUAGCUUUUUCCAUUUGGGUUCUUGAACACCGGAUAAAUGAUGAAUUUCGCGGGCCUCCCUUGCAUCAGGCGGGCACUAGUCUCUUUUACUCAUUCUCAAUGCUCGUUUUUGCGCAGAGAGAGAAUGUGUUUAGUAACUUGGCAAGAUUUGUAAUCAUCAUUUGGUUCUUUGUAGUAUUUGUACUUACUCAAAGCUACACUGCUAGCUUGAGUUCUAUGUUAACUGUUCAACAAUUGCAACCGAUUGUUACAGAUGUACAAGACCUAAUUCAUAAAGGCGUUUACGUAGGGUAUCAAGAAGGUUCUUUCGUCAAGGAACUCUUGAAACAAAAGGGUUUUCAAGAAACAAAACUCGUUCCCUACAUCACCGCAGAGACUCUAGACGAGCUUCUAGCAAAAGGUAGUGCAAAUGGGGGUAUAUCAGCUGUUUUCGACGAAAUCCCUUAUAUGAAACUUUUCCUUGCAAAAUAUUCAUCAAAGUAUGUUAUGGUUCAACCUCUUUACAAGGCAGAAGGAUUCGGAUUUGCAUUCCCUAAAGGUUCGCCCUUAGCAUCGGAUGUUUCAAGGGAACUAUUGAAUGUCAUAGAAGGAGAUGAUAUGACGAGAAUGGAAAAAAAAUGGGGUAUGCCUUCGUCUAAUAGUUCAUAUGAAGGAAACAAAGUAUCAGCUAGCAGUCUUAAUCUUUCGAGUUUUGGGGGGUUAUUCCUAAUUGUUGGAGUUGUUUCAGGAUUGUCUCUCCUUAUCUUCACAGCAACAUUCUUGUAUGAGUAUAGGCAAAUAUGGCUUUACUCCGAUGCUUCAAUAUGGCGUAAAGCUAAAGAUCUGACCGAUGUUUUCUUACAACGCGACAUGGAAUUUCAUACAUUCAGGCGAAAUAUUAUGCAGCAGAGCACAAGAAAUGUGAGAUCUGAUAACAAGUCCAGUGGCUGUGAGUGUGAGGGGAUAAACACUGAUUCAGGUUCCAGCCCCAGGCCAUCAAACUUUACAGAUGAUCGUGUUAGUACGCAACCACCCAAUUCAUUACAAACUGCCUAACCAAGAAGACGAUCAAAGCUUAUAUUUGGAGAGAAGAUCAGAAAUUGGCAACCAGCAAGUUUGAGAUUUAUGGGCCAAAGAUGAAUGCUUUCUAAACAAGAUGUAUACAUUAACAUUAGGAUCCUAUUUCAUAUUCAAUAUUGUUUUCAUUAUUUAUCUUUACUACUUGAUUCUUUUAGAAACCACAAAUUAUGCCAUUUUCUUCAAGU